GUACUAUUUACCCGGUUAGGUAAUUUACACCAUCAUUUUUGGCGCCACUCGUGGGACUGUUAAGGUUUCUUUUCAUCUAAACUCAAACCUACUCACAGAAACAACACUGAAAAUGUCUUCAAGCUAAAUGAACAACACCGCAUCAGCUCUGGUGCAAGUCGCCUUUGAAGGAGUGACCAUCUCGCUAGUUGUUACUCUACGAGCUAACUCAGCACAUGUGAUGUCGAUGGGUUUAAGUCCCAUCCCGACGCCAAGCAUGGCUGCGCCAUUCGCAGUCCCCGUUCCUUUUGCCGGGCUAAGGGUCACCUUCCCGCAAAGCAUGACCCAAUUCCUGAAUGACCCGGCCAAUUUGCAGGUGGUCAGUGUUGUGGCCCCUAUCAACUUGACUGGUGCACUCAACGUCGCUGGUCUAUCACGCCCUCCUCAGAGUGCUCGCCAUCCCAGAGCACUCCUCAGGAUCAUUGCGUCUCCGUUGAGAGUGAUGACGAGGAAGUCAGCCAAGCUAAGAUUGGGGCAAAACGUGGCCCAUUUCAGCGCUUUUGCCCGACUAGGCGAAGGGAGGGAGGCCGAUCCUGCCCGUACCCAGCGCUCCGGGUCAAAUCGGCAGGAACCUACAAGAUCAAGGGUUUCGCGCCAGGAAGAAGAAGCAGAAAGCCAGCCCCGUGAGCCGGUGAGGAUUAGGCUGACACACCUGGGAGAUUGCGUCCAGCAGAUGGAGGCGAAGCUUGAAAGGCUGGAGAAGAAAGUGGCAUGGGGAGAAGAAGGACCAGGAAAAACCCCUUGCUGGUUCUCCGUUCACUGCGAGGGUCCACCUGACACCAUUCCCGCGGAAGGUCAAGGUGGAUGCCCCAAGGAGUAUGCAGGCAUAUUCGCGUGGAGCGUGACGGAUGUGCCUGGGAUUGAUCGCUCCGUCAUCUGCCACCAGCUGGCAGUGAGAGAAGGAUCUCGACUGGUACGCCAGAAGAAAAGGUACCUUGCCAGCGAUCGUAGAGAUUUCGUCCAGAAGGAGGUGAAGGAUCUCCUCAGUGUUGGUCAUAUCCGGGAAGUCAAAUAUCCUGAUUCGUUGGUGAAUGUGGUUCUCGCUCCCAAAGGCGAUACAUGGAGGAUGUGUGUGGACUAUAUGGACUUGAAUAAAGCUUGUGCUAUGGAUUCAUACCCUCUGGCCAGUCGAGAUCAAAUGGUGGAUGAAACUGCUAGGUGUGAGCUCCUAAGUUUCAUGAAUGCCUUCAAGGGCUACCACCAAAUUUACAUGGCAAAAGAGGACGAGGAGAAGACGUCCUUUCUCAUGCCCGAAGGUACCUACUGCUACCAGGUCAGUAUCAAAUCUGACUCUAGUCUGAUCGUAGGGCAAGUGGCUGGUAACAUGGAGGCAAGAGAAGGACGAUUGGCACAAUACCUAGUGCUGGCCUUGCUGAAAGGAUUUGUGGAAUUCAAUAUAGCCCAGAUUCAUCGGCCGGCUGAGAACGCAGAUGCAGAUCUCCUCUCAAAGUUGACGCAGUCCACCCCAGAGCACGUUUCAAUAAUUUCCUGGGAUUACUGGGUGCGCAAAGUGAAGCUCAGGGCACCCCGGUUCCAGGUUAUAGAUGGAAUGCUGUACAAGAGGCCAUUCGAGGGACCACUCCUGAGGGCAUCAUACUAUUGGGAUACUACUGGCCAACAAUCGUCCAAGAUUGUGGAUGGUUUGAAGAUACUACUUGGCGAAGCGGGGAAUAAAUGGUUGGAAGAGCUCCCACACAUCAUAUGGGCAUACCGAGUAACACCCAGGAAGGCUCAUGGGGAAACACCGUUUUCCCUAACUUACGGGUGUGAAGCGAGAUUGCCCAUCGAAGCGAAACUCCCGACAUUCAGGGAAGCAAAUUACCAACCCCAACAAAAUGAAGAAGACCAUUUGGCCGAACUCAACUUGGUGGAAGAGCGAAGGAUGGCAUCCGAAAAGGUUGGUGAAAAACUCGUCCCAAAGACCGAGGACGAAUUUGAUGCCGAAGACAUAAAAAAGGUGGAGAACUACGACAAGGCAAUCAACAUGUUAUACUGUGCAGUCAACCCCGUUGAUUAUCGCAAGAUCUCUUGCUGCACCACCGCCAAAGAAAUGUGGGACAAGCUGGAGGUCACAUACGAAGAAGACUUACACCAACAAGGAUUUCACAAAGCAAGCAAAGAGACGGUGGAAGAAGUCUCAAGCGAUGAUGACAACGAGUUCGGACUCGUCAGCAAGAAAUUCCACAAAUUUAUGAAGAAGGAAUUUGAGCGCAAAGGAAGAAAGCACGACGGUCCCCUGAAGUGCUAUGGCUGUGGCGAGAUAGGCCACAUCAAGCCGAGGUGUCCAAAAGGCAAAAGCGGCAAGGACAAACCUAGCUUCAAAAAGCAAAGAGCCUAUAUCUCAUGGGGUGGCGACUCCGGCGACGAGUCAACAGAUCAAGAAGAGGAUGAAGCCGCCAACCUCUGUCUCAUGGCACACAAAGACCAUGCCGAUGAAGUACAAGAUGUGUGCUUGAAGGCGUCAAGUGUACUUUGGUACCUUGAUAGCGGAUGCUCCAAGCACUUGACCGGAGAUGCAUCCAAGUUCAUACAAAUCAAACCCGCUAAAGGAGGAAACGUAGUCUUCGGAGAUAAUAGCAAGGGAAAGAUUAUUGGCAUCAGUUCGGUAGAUUCAUUAGAGAGAAUACACGUCGAAGACGAUGAAGAGAACACGGGAAUAUACAUCAACACACAGCCGCAAAUUGGGGAGACGCCUCAAGCGACUAAUCAAGACAAGAGCAGGGCAGGAACUUCCGGGAAAUCCAAGUCCAAAUCCCGGGCUCCUACGACGUCCCCCGAGGAACGCCUCUACUAUGGCGAUGGGUCGUACCUUUUGCUCGAUUCCGAGGAGGGGCGCACCCGUUUCCUCACCAUCUUCUCUAAACGGGUUGUGGCUCCCCCAAGGAUCGUCCCGGAGCGCCUACUGGAGCUGCAAGGCUACGACGACCUCAACGUACAGCUUCACCAAACCGGCCUAUGGCCGUUCGUCUCCCGGGAUCAGAAGGAGAUCAACCCGGCGCUGAUCCGGGCCUUCUACUUGAAUCUCCGGCGUGAGGACGAUGUCAUCUACAGCCUCGUCAAGUCCACGCCGAUUGAGCUCACUGUUGAGCAGCUUGGGCGCAUCGCCGGCCUCCCCUACCAAGGCGACGACAUCUCCCUCUAUGGCGGAGAAGACUGGGUGCUCAACAAAUACAUCAAGCUCCUCCAUGCGAUCAUGCACUCGACCCCUUUCAAUUGGGCAAAGUUUGUCAUGAUCAACAUGACGAUCGCUGCGUCUACCGCCCACGAUCACCUCCUCCUGUACCCGUUUGUGGUGAUGGACAUCCUUGAAUGGUUCAAGGUCACCACCACUGUUGGCCCGCUCACGAAGGCCACGAAGCUUUGGACGAUCAGCGGCCAAACCUUCACCAAGCGGUCGGACAACGCCGCGCCUGCCACUGCCGCGCCACGCCGCACUGCCACUGCCACUGGCCCAGCCGAACCCCAGGCCCGGGCCAACCUUGCCUCCAUCACCGACUCUCUCAACCGCCUGCACUUCAAAUUCGACGGGAUGGAUGGCUACCUUGAACGGCUCGACGAGGCUGUUCAACGCCAAGGGCACGCCAUGAACGCGUACUUCCAACGCGUUAACUACGUCCCCCCCACCGUACCAUGGCAAGUUCCUUGGGGAAGUGUACGGUGACAAGGACGAAGAGGAUGGCUCCUACGCCCCGUCAAGCUCCCCGGAAGAGGAUGAGUUCGAUGAUGCCAUUGACGGU